GGGAUCUGUCACUUGAAGGUGUUAGUGAAUACACGUUUUUUGUUGGAAUCUUUAUUAUUUAGUGUUAUAUUGUGUUGAGAAUCCUUAUAUUUAUUUCAUUUUGUCCUGUGUUUGUCCUAUUUUCUUAGUGGUGUGUGAGAACUCAACUGAACGAUCAUUACUGAAAAAUGUCAUAAUAUAAAAUUCACGGAGUCUUCUCUAACCCUGACAUUGGCAGAAAAUCACCGUUGCUUCUACGGUGGAAGCCAUAUUUUAAAAAAGAAGAAGAAGAAGAAUAACCUAUAAUUUUUUUCAAAUUAUAAUACAAAAUACAAACUUCCAUCUGUUUAGUAAAUUUAUGUUUUUAAAAGUAAUUUAGAAUACCAAUCAUGGGUAAAACUUCUAAGGAUAAACGAGAUAUAUACUAUAGAUUAGCCAAAGAAGAAGGCUGGCGUGCACGAAGUGCAUUUAAACUAUUACAAAUAAACGAAGAAUACAAUAUAUUUGAAGGUGUGUUGCGAGCAGUAGAUCUUUGCGCAGCUCCUGGUAGUUGGAGUCAAGUAUUAACAAAAAAAUUGCGAUGUAAUACUGCAAAUGCGGAUGAAGUUAAAAUUGUAGCCGUAGACUUGCAGGCAAUGGCAGCUCUACCGGGUGUUAAACAAAUACAAGGUGAUAUAACAAAGUUGUCUACAGCUAAUGAGAUAAUAAAAGAAUUUGAAGGCAUGAAGGCAGAUUUAGUAGUUUGUGAUGGUGCUCCAGAUGUAACUGGAUUACAUGAUAUUGAUGAAUAUAUUCAAUCCCAACUUCUUCUUGCAGCAUUAAAUAUAACUACACAUGUUUUGAAAGUUGGGGGUGUAUUUGUUGCCAAAAUAUUUAGAGGUAAAGAUGUCACUCUUUUAUACUCUCAAUUGAAACAAUUCUUUAAAUAUGUAACAAUUUCAAAACCAAGAAGCUCAAGGAACUCCAGUAUAGAAGCUUUUGUUAUAUGUCAGAACUACAGUCCCCCUGCAGAUUAUGUACCUACUAUGUCUAAUCCAUUGUUAGAUCAUAAAUAUUGUGAUUUCAAUCAGUUUACCGGGCCAAACAGGUUUAUUGUGCCAUUCAAUGCUUGUGGCGAUUUAAGUGCAUAUGACUCUGAUACAUCAUACCCAUUGAUAUUAGAAGGCCAAACAAGCUAUGAGUAUAAGGAACCAGUACAAGGCCCUAUCAAUCCACCAUAUAAAGAAAUUUUAGAUAAAACUAAAAAUAUGAAAAUCAACAAUAAAUAAUAUCAAAUACUUUUA